AUGACCACCUUGCGUGUCAACGACGCUGCCAAGAUCAUCUACGCCCAUCUCUCUCAUAUCCCAAUAUCACAAGUUCUAAACCAUGCGCACGGCUCAAAGAAACCUCUGAUUAGUGUCCAUCAGGACACUACCCUGGAUAAUGUUCUUUCUAUAAUGCACACCUCGCAGAUCCUGGCUAUCCCUGUUUACAAGGUUCCAAAGGAUGAGCCUGAUGGAAAGGUGUUUACUGGGAUAGUCUCUGUGUUUGAUAUUCUGGCCAACACUGUGUUUCAAAGUGUAUUUGAUGACAUGUCUGGCAAUGUAAAGAAUCCUAUAACCAUGAGUAAAGACGAGUUUCAACAGUAUAUUAGGAUGGUGAAGGAAGAGCAUGCCUAUUUUUCUACAAAGAUUGGAGAGCUUCUUGGACAGACGAGUGAGUCUGCAGAGUCUUGGACACUCCAUUCAUCUGAUCCGCUUACGUCUCUGCUGCAGAUCUUGACUUAUGCUAACCGACAUCGCGCACUGAUCAUUGACGAUGAUGUCAAUCUUGCAACAGUUGCACCUCCAUCUGGCUCUUCCAUUCGUUUAGUGACUCAGACUGACCUGCUGCGAUAUUUGCUGGAUACCGAUUGUGUUGUAUCCACGCUUAAUAACGACACGUCUGAUUGCAAAGAGUCAUUGCAGUCUGCACUGGACACUAUUUGGAGUAUUCCUGUGAGCAAUGCAGAUCGAAUCACUCUAAUCCAGAGUGCAGAUCCACAAACACUUUCAAGUACUCAACUCAGCGAAACGAAAAAACAACUGGUUUGCGUAGAGUCGAGCAUGUCUGCACUUGCUGCUUUACGCUCUCUCUAUCUUCAUCAAGUCUCUGCAGUCGCAGUGGUGGACACCAACGGCAGGCUUGUUGCCAAUCUCUCGGCUUCAGAUUUACGCGGAGUAAAUUUCUCGAAUCUGGAAAUGCUUCUUGGCUCAGUAUUUGAAUUUCUUGAAGCCGAAAAGCGCACUCCUAAUCAACUUAAAUCAGAUCAGCUGAAAAGUGUUGAGCCUGGAUCGGUUGUUGGGGAAGUAGGAGUGUCGAUGAUGGAGCAUAUGAUACAUCAUUUGUGGGUUGUGGAUGACGAUGAUCAUCCGAUCGGAGUUGUGUCCAUGUCAGACGUGUUGGCGUUGUUUGUUCCAGAGAAUGGUGCUGCAGUUGAGCAGUAACAGUCGAACCAGUGGAUUGUUUUGAGCAUCCAAAAGGCUAAUUCUGACUGAAUGUCCAAACCAACACAGUUUACUCGACACAUUUCGAAUAAAAUGAAACCAGGUUUUCUGUAC